GGCGGCGGCGGAGGGGGGAGAGACCCGGGUCAGGCCGGGGCCGCGCAGCGCUACCGGGAACCGGGGCCGCCGCGCUCCGCUCCGGUUCCCGGCUUCCCGCCGGGCCGAGCGGAGCCGAGCUGAGCUGAAGAGAGGCGGGCACCGACGAUACAACCGGCGGGGCGAGCGCGGGGGCCGCACGCCGACCCCCGCCGCGGGGCUCCAGGGAUCCGGGAGCGGCGGGCGGCCGUCGGGGAUGUCCUACAAGCCCAUCGCUCCCGCCCCCGCUACCCCCGGAGCCGCCAGCGCCAGCCCCGCCCCGCCGGGGCCCGGGGCACCUUCCGCCGCCACGAGCGUCCCGUCGCCCUCCGGUUCCGUCCCUGGCGCCGCCGCCCCUUUCCGGCCGCUCUUCAAUGACUUCGGGCCGCCGUCCAUGGGCUACGUGCAGGCCAUGAAGCCCCCCGGGGCGCAGGGCUCGCAGAGCACCUACACCGACCUGCUCUCGGUCAUCGAGGAGAUGGGCAAGGAGAUCCGGCCCACCUACGCCGGCAGCAAGAGCGCCAUGGAGCGGCUGAAGCGGGGGAUCAUCCACGCCCGGGCGCUGGUCAGGGAGUGCCUGGCAGAGACAGAGCGGAACGCCCGCACGUAACGGCAGCUGCCCCCCGGGACCCCCCGGGACCUCCCGGUGGUGGCGGGGGGGGGGGGGGGGGCCGCCGUGCUGCCCGAGCCCCCCCCUCCCCGCGCUCUCCGCUCUUUAUAAAUGCGUGUUUUUAUAAAUAAAA